AUGGUUGUGGGAAACCGCCCGUUUCCGUACCUGGAUUCCCGUCAAGGCAUAACACCUCAGACAUCAAGCUUUGCGGAAGCUAAUUCGCCGAUAUGGACUUCGGAUACAUCCACAUCGCUAUUUGAUCCCUUACGAAUGUCAUUCCUGUUCGGCCAAUGCUGCAUUCCAGAUGUCAUAUUUCCGGUUCCGUAUUCGGAUUUAGAGUUGCAAUGCUGCUGUAAUGAGAUGUAG